AUGUCGUUCCUGAGCUAUGCAGCUCUGCUGUUAUGUUGGAUGUAUUGUACUGCAGAAAGAGCUUGUGAAGAACCUCCUCCUAGGAGGGUUAAAGAAGUGCCUACUGAAAUAUGGGACAAACCUCCCUAUCCACAUGGUACUCAGGUAACAUACAGUUGUCGGCCUGGAUAUAUAAAACUUGGACGAAUUGUGUUUGAGUGUGCUGAUGGAUCAUGGAAGCAACGGCUCCCACUGGCAGAAUGCAGAAAUAAGCCCUGUGGACAUCCUGGAGAUACUGAGUUUGGUUCCUUCCACCUUACCAGUGGAAGUGAAUUUGUAUUUGGGGCCAGAGUUGAGUACAGAUGUAAUGAUGGAUACCAGAUGCUCAGCCAAAGAAAUUACCGUGAGUGUCAGGCAAAUGGAUGGAGCAAUGACAUUCCUCACUGUGAAGUGGCAAAGUGUUUACCUGUACAAGCACCAGAAAAUGGAAGAAUAAUUAUGACUGGUGCAUUUGAGCUAGGCCGAGAAUAUUCUUUUGGCCAGGUUGUAAAUUUUGAAUGUAAUGCAAAAUACAAGCUUGUUGGAUCUAAAGAAAUAAUUUGUUCUUCUAAUGGAAAAUGGAAUAGUGAUGUUCCUCAGUGCCAAGAGAUUAUCUGUGAUGUGCCAGAAAUUCUGCAUGGAUCGGUACGUUCUCCAAAGGGGUCUUACAAGGAAUCUGAACAACUACGGUUUGUCUGUGAUGAAGGAUACAGAUACGGCGAAAGAGCAGAUGUACAAUGUACUGAAUCAGGAUGGAAUCCAGCCCCCUACUGCACUG